ACGGCACGAGGUGUCUAGUACUUGGCGGUGCCUGCAUUGUUUCCUUUCCGGCCUGCAAAAUUUGUCUUUUGUGACCUGGAGGAAACCAAAAGUUUUUAAAAAGAGUAAACGAAAAAGGCUAAGAAAAAUAAUAUGAGCUGAUUUUCUGGCCAAUGAUCUCCUCGAUCCAGUUCCCGGCAGGUGUCACUGGAUCCGACCAUUCUAGUAUUUAUUCCAAAAUCUCACCUGCGCCCUCAAAGACGUCAAAGUUUUCAACUUCUUCUUGGGUGUUGGUGUCUUUUAUUUGUUUGUUAAUAGUUGUAUAGUCCCCAUCACAUCAAGCAAUGGCUUCAGGUGGCUUAGACUUUACAGGUUUUGUGGCUGUUGAACCAAAGUCGGAUUGCCCACAUGUUCAAGUAAGCUACUUUAAUUUUAAGUACAAAAAUGAAGGACAUAACAUCCUUGUCAAACUACAGAGUUUUUAAAAGCGUGUACUCCUGCAUGUUUUCUCAGCAGCUAAUGCAGUUUUUAUUUUUCAUCUUGCUUGUUCCAUUUUUAAUGCAGUGUUUAACAACACCAUUGUUUUCUAAACAACGUUUUUAUAGACAAGAAAAGCUUUCUGUUGAAGCGUAAAGUUUUAUUUCAGUUUCGGAAGGCCUAGAAAAGUGCUCUUGUUGAAGUAAGCUUAAUAAAAGCAGUUUGUUUUCAAUUUUGCUUGCUCCACAGCAAAGUCUUGGAACUCUAAUCUUGAUCUAUAAGCGCUGAUCUGUUCCUAGUUGUAAAUUGUUUAAUUUGUUUACCAAAUGUCCCACCCUGACAACGAACGAUGGAGAGCAGCUGUUUAGCCUCCCACGCGGGUGUUUUUAGGGGAGCUCAUCUUUCAUCCCUCCCCACAAACGCCUACUCAACCGAAAACAACAUUCUUUUCCCAUUGUCACUGGGAGGGACAAAAUAUGAGAUCCCCUAAAAAACGCCUGCGUGGGACGCCUAGCAGCUGUUUUGAGUCUCUAAAUUCCUUUUUUACCGUCGUGGGGCUGGUGAGGAGACAACGCCUUACACAUGUAUUGAAGGAGGUCCUCUUAGGGGAAGGGAGUGGGGGGUGUGUUUAUUCAAAGACGGUCGUUUCACAUUUUGAGAAAUAGGUAAUGUCCUUGUCGGUAUUUAAUCCAUCUUUACGUCAUUUGUUGCCAUCUCAUCUAAUCUUAUGUCGCCGUUUCAAGGCCUUGUUGCUUGUCAGAAUUUUACCAUAACGGCUGGUCUUUGUCAAUUACACAAAUCCUAAUAUUCUCAGUACCUAAUUUUAAUGGCUUGUUUCAACAUUCAAUAUGUCAUGAUACUGGGAUGGCUCUAAAGUGUCAUGGCAAUUUCAACUUGCUCUUGAUGGCAAUUUUGAUUUUACCCACAACAAUUUCACCUUUACCCGCAGCCGCAAUUUCAGUUUUGCCCACGGAAAUUUUCACUUUUCCCAAAUGCUAUUCACAAAUUCCACUGGCAUCAAGUUUUAGUGCACAAAAGUUCUGUAAAUUCACUGACAUGGCAGCUUUUGCCAAGAGUAAAGUUGAAGUUACCAUGAGCAAAAUUGAAAAUUGAAGUACAUGUUAUUUGUCUACCAAGUUACCUUGCUAACUAAUUAUUUUUGAAUCAAUAGAAAUUUGUGUCCAUUUCUCUCAGUGCCAAAAGGCAUUAUGCAUCAUAGGCCUUAUAAUAAUUAUCUUUUAUGUUUAUUCGUUUCUUUCAUCAGUCAUUAUCAAACACAGCUUCACUGCACAUUGACUUGAUGAAGCCUUGUGGAUCAUGCGAAAAUGUUGGGGAAAAUUGGUUGUGCCUUAUGUGCUCAGUGGUGUUUUGCAGUCGUUAUGUGAAAAGUCAUAUGGUGGAACACAAUUCAAAGGAACCAAGCCACAUGUUGGCUUUAAGCUUUAUGGACCUUAGUGUGUGGUGCUAUGACUGUGACUCUUGUAAGUUUAUCCUUUUAUAAGUUGUACCCCUUGAAGACUACUCUCAUCAGUAGAAUGUGUGUACAUACCAUUGCAAGAAAGGGUCUUGAAGCCCUGACCCUACAUAAUUGUGGGAGUAAACCUGAAAAAUUGCGCCCAUUUUAAAGCAAUGAGAGUUUUUUGUGUUUCCAAGGAGACCUCUUAAACAAGCCUUGAGUAGGAUUAGACAAACUGCUGUGUUUGAAGAAGUCGUUUAUUAAGUUUUCAGCAGGGGUUAAGAUGUACUCUUCAUUAGAUCUGUGCACAAUUCAAGGAACCCUCUCAGGUGUUCAAGCUUUAGAUGGCUCCUUUUCUGCCAAAGUGUGGUCUCUUAACCUCUCUACCCCCUAUUACAGCUAUACAGGUUUAGUAGUCUGUACCAUGUACCAGUAUACUCCUUCUGCAAGUACACAGGACAUAAGUGGCGAGGGAGGAAAAUGUGCUUUCCUUUUAUACACAUUUUUGAUUGUCCUUUUUUAGAUGUUUCAUCACCACAACUUCAGCCUAUUGUAAAAGCUGCUGAACUGGCUAAAGAAACCAAUUGAAUUCUAAGCCAACACCACAGGGCUUGUAGCGUAAAAGCAAGUUGCUCAAAUUACUGAGUUAGUGAAGAAAAUGGAUCACAGGAAAUGACUGUUAUGUAGCUAAUGCAAUAUAAAACUGUAUUUUUAAAAAUUAUUAAAUGGGUUAUUUUCCAAGUUUUACAAAGU